GGCAUUUAGAUUAAAAAUGGUGAGCAGGGAACCAAGCAACAUCGAGCCAAAUGUUGACCUCGACAGCUGUGGCAUCUGCCUUGGCGACUUCAAAAAGCCCAAGAUAUUACCUUGCUUUCACACUUUCUGCUUGAAUUGUUUGAAGACCUACGUGGACAAAACUGGUCGUAAUGGAAAAUUCACAUGCCCUCUAUGUCUCAUCGAAACAGAUCUACCUCCAGGAGGCGUUGAACGUUUCCAGACUAACUUUUAUGUCAAAGCAGAACAGGCCAAAGCUCUGUCUUUGUUGAAUGCACGAUGUGACGUCUGCGACAUCGACAUUCCAAGCAAGGCUGAAAAUCGAUGCUUAGAAUGUGACCAGAAUCUAUGCCACAACUGCAGCAGGGCCCACUUGAAAAUGACGUCUUCAAAAGAGCACCAUCUGAUGACCGUCAAUUUUCCAGAAAAGCCACUCACACCAGCAGUCACGACCAAAGUUUUUUGCGACAAACACAAGGCGGAGGAACUUUCCUUUUACUGUCAGGUUUGCGAUGGUCCAAUUUGCUUGCGAUGUAAAGUCACCUCUCAUGAAAACCAUUCCACAAAGGAUCUCUCCGACGUUGCCGCCGAAACUAGACAAUUUCUUGGAGUAAAAUUGUCCGAGGCUAAAAGUUUCCUUCCAACUGUUCAUGAGCAGCUGAACGAAAUUAAUCGCUAUGAAGACCACUUAACACAAUCUAAGCAACAGAUCGUUAAAAAAAUUAACGAAAGGGCUACUGAUCUACAUUCAAGAAUUGACAAAAUAUCCAAUUCCAUGUUGAACGAUAUCGAGGCAGAAUACCGCGUGGAGAUGUCAAGGGUUGACUCUCAGAGACGAGCACUGGGAAAGGCCGGAAAAGCACUGUCCUCUCAGUUCCACGCCGCUAAUCAGGUUGUUUAUUUUGGCUCUGAUGCAGAGAUCGCCAGAAAUAAGCAGCUACUCUCUAAACGUCUCGAGAAGCUUACCAAGAAGUCAGAUGACCGCAUUAUCACUAAAUUGGAUCUAGCCUUUUUCCCAAGCAGCAGUCUAGAGGGAAAGAUAGAAGACAUAUUUGGAAGUUUGUCUACUGCAAGACCCCCUGUAGAUGACAUUAAAGUGACAGAAGUAUCUGUUUUCCAAGUAGACGACACUUUCAAGGUGGUAAGUUCUAUCUGUCCAAGAGAAGAAAACGACGCAUGGAUAACUUCUGGUUGGAAGCCCGAAAUUCAUCUCUUCAAUGUCCAAGGAACCAGACUUAAAACCGAGAAUGCUGGGCGAAACAUCGACACGAUUGUUUUGAGUCACGAUGGAUCUAUCGUCGUCUCCUGUAGCGACAAGCGUCAGAUCCUGAAAGGUAGGAAUGGCCUGGAUUUUUCUGUAAUAGCCACAGUUGCCAUGUAUCCUCGAGGGAUCGCGAUCAACAACAAUGAUGAAGUCUUCGUCUGCACUGGACAGUCUUUGGCCUUCCAGGAUUACAAAGACGGACAUAGGAACAAGGUUCUUCGUUACUCGUUGGAUGGAAAUCUUCUUGGCGAAUUUGGUGAUCCCUCCAGUGAAUUCCUAUACCCUCUCCGAGUUGUAUGCAACAUUACUGGUGAUGUGGUCGUUUCCGAUUGCCAAAAGCGCCGAAUCACCAUUCAUCGUCAAGAUGGUCACAUCAAGUUUUCUUACACCGGAACAGAAACGGAAAACUUACGGAGUCCAUUUGAGCCAAGGGGUGUCACCUGCGAUUCCCGCGGUUUCAUUUACGUCACUGACAAUGCUAAUGACGCUGUGCAUCUUCUCGAUCACACCGGGAAAUUUGUUCGUCUUCUUUUGACAACAAAGGAUGAAAUUUACGGCCCAUAUUCCGUUGCCAUGGACUCAAAAAAUAACUUGUGGGUAGGAUGCCGAGAUGCAACUGUCAAGAUUUUUCAUUGUGCUCAUUUUUGACAUUUGAGAGUGCCUGAAACGAUCUGACAUUUUUUUUUCAAGGGAAGUGGG